ACCAUUAUGAUAGAUCGAAAUUUUCGAUAUUUUCUCGAUAUUACAAAUUAUCGACUGUUGUUCAAUCUCAAAUAGUUUAUUAUCUAAGAAUAUAUUGCACUGUCGAUAAUUUAUCGAUACAUUCACUCUUUCACCCACGUACGUACGUACUACAAUUAAUUGUGACCUUUUUACUUUAUAGGUUAUGUUUGGUUUGCUAUAUGUGCACGUGCCAAUGAAGUGUCAUCGAAAUUUUUAAUAACUUCAACAACGAAAUCAAAAGAUACAAUGGCAUUGAGAGAGAAUAAAAAGAAAACAAUUUUAGCCGAGAAGAUAGGUAAUCUUCUAAAUGCAGCACCUACGAAUAUCGUAUCCGACGAAGAGAGUGAAGAUACAAAAGCUAAAGUCGUAGAACGUUAUGAGGAAAGUGAUGAUUCUGAAGAUUUUACGAAACAAUCUAAAAUUCGAAAGCAAAAUGUACAAUUCUUGGAUGAAUUGGACAAAAGAUACGAAGGUAAAAAAGUAUCAAGGAAAGAUGUAUACGAAGAAGCUCAUGAGGGUAACCACGAUUAUGAAGAACUUGAUUCUAUGGAGGAAGAAUCGGCAGAUGAAACGAACGACUAUAUGGAUGUCGAAAAUGAGGAUGAAGAUUUAAGCGAUGAAAACAAAGAUGAAGAACUCACCGAGGGAUCUGAAGAUGAGGAAGAUAUAGAUAAGGACAAUCCUCUUUACAGAGAAAGAGAUAGAGAUGCGAAUUUCAAAACAAUGUCAGCUACAAACGUUAAGGAAGAAAUGGAAAAAGGCCAAUGCAUUCAAAGUCAAUUAAGGCUUUGGGAAAGCCUAUUGGAAGUGAGAAUAAAAUUACAAAAGUGUCUUGCUAAUAGUAAUCAAAUGCCUCAAUAUGAUACUCAUAAAAGUUUUCGAAACGAUACGGACUUUAUGAAGAGAACGAAUGAAGCAAAAUCAAAGCUAACGUUACUCCUAGACAAUAUGUUAAAUUUGCAAAAUGCUUUAUGGAAACAGUUUCCUGAAACAAAGUCCAUAAAUAUAGAUGGAAAGAAAAGAGGGAGAGACGAAUACGAUGAUAAAGAUGGAGGUACAGAAGAUCCAAUGGACGAAGAAAUCCCAUCUGACACUGAAGAUGAACAAGAAAAAGAAGACGAGGCCAAUAAAAAUGCCGAGGAUUCUGACGAAACAAAUAUAGAAAAUAAUGAAUGUGUUCCUAAGAAGAAGUUCAAAUUUGCAGAUUAUGAGAAGAUAUUGGCUAAAAGACAUAAAUCUUACGUUAAUUAUAGAAACUCUAUAAUAAGUAAAUGGAAUGAUAAAACUAGAGUGACGACUGGAAAGUUAAAUAAAGGCGUUAAUCAAACAACUCUAAAGCAAAUCGAAUUUGCUUUAAGUGACAAAGUUAAAUUACACAAAAGGACACAGUUGAAACGUUCGGAAUACGUUAUAGUCGGCAAAUCUAUUCCUUUAUCGAGUGAUGAUGAUGGACGCGUUCAAGAAUAUGAUCCAGAAAUUUAUGAUGACGACGAUUUUUAUCAUCAGCUUCUUAGAGACUUGAUAGAAUACAAAUCUUCUGACAUUACCGAUCCCAUACAACUUAGUAAACAGUGGAUAAAAUUACAAAAUAUGAGAAGUAAGAUGAAAAGAAAGAUAGACACUAGAGCGACUAAAGGCAGAAGAGUACGGUACAAUGUUCAUAAUAAAUUAGUCAAUUACAUGGCACCUAUAACAGUCUAUGACACAUGGUCUGAUCUUGCUAAAAACGAGUUGUACAAUUCCUUGUUUGGGAAGAUUAAAUCUGUAGAAACGAUAGAACAUUAGCUACCAAAUUAUAUAUAAGUGUGUAUUAAGAAGGAUUGAUCGUAAUAUUAUUUUAUUUCUACAUACGUGUACACAUGCAUUAAAAUGAUUACGUUAGCGUCAGUAUUUGAGAUAUAAAUUAUCGCUUACAUUAAGUUACAUCACAUUAUAUUAUAUACACUGUAUUAUACUGUAUUAUAUAUUAUAUCACAGUUUAUAUAAUAAAGCGAAUAUAUGUAUAAUUAUCGAA